AUGGCAGCUACUACAGCAGGAGCAGCAUCAGCUGCUCUUUUAAAUCCUAUAGCUCCACCAACGGCAGAACCAACAGCUCCUGUAAUAUCAGGAAAAACAAUGCAACAAUUACUAAGUGAAAUCGAUCAAUUAAAGAUUGAUGUUGAAGCGUCAUCAAAAGUUUUAGAAAAGAUUGAUACAGGCCGUAGAAAAGGUGCUGCCAAUCGUGAACGAUCAGUUGAAGGUCGUACAAAAGUGAAAGAUUUAACUGAACGUCUUAUCAAUCUUCAAAAUCAAGUACAGGCAACGACAAGAGCACCAGAUUCAAAAGAACCAGUUAGGACAUUUGAUAAAACAAAACAAAAUGCAGUAAAAGCAUUGAAUAAUCUUUCAAAUAAACUUAAUAAUGUUGAUAAACAUCUGGAAAGAGCAACUGGACCAAUGCCUGUAACUACUGCACCUCCAACUGAUGUUCAACCGGCUGCUACACCUGCAGCACCAGCUGAAGAAAAUGCAAAAGGACUUAGAUCACUUGUUAGUAAACUACCAUUUGGUAAUAGAAAUAAAUCAGCAUCAAAAGAAUCACUUGCUCCAACUACACCAGCUGUACCUGCACCAAGCAAACCUGCCGAAGAAACAGGUCAUGAAACUCCAAAGACACCGAAAGAUGAAGCGAUCGAAGAUGAUGACGACGUAGUAGGAGAAAGUGAAGAUGAAGAUGAUGAUGAUGUAGUAUCAGAUAAAAAGAAAGAACCAAAACAACCAUCUCCAUUAAUCAAAGCAACUGAUUCAGUUAGCUCACAUGAAAAAAAACCAAUAGUCUCCAAUGUAGAAAGUGAUGAUGAUGAAGAUGACAGUAGUGAUGAGGAUGAAGACGAUGAUGAGGAUGCUGUAAAUGAUAAUCAUCAAUUAUUAACUGAACUUGAACAUCGAACAAUAACGGAUGAAAACAGUAAAUCUCCUGUUAUUAGUGGUCGUCGAUCACAAUCACCAGCAACACCACGUAGUAAUAAAAAAGUUCCACCAAUUAAAAUUGAAUCUACACCAGCAGCUUCACCAAGAUCUAAACGAACUACAUCAUCAUCACCAGUACCACAUCCAUCAAUACGUAAAAAAACACCA